CCCCGGGGGGCCCCAGGGACGGUGCCGGAGUGCGGGGAGGCCAGGGGGGCACCCCCGGCGGCACCGGGGCGAGGGGAGAGCCGCGGGGCAUCGCCGGGCGUGUCCCGCGGUUCCGCAGCUCGCCCGUCACGCGUGUUUAUCGCCUUUGCAGAGACUGACAGCUGCGCUCCGCUAUCGGCUUUAGGUGCUCCUGCCUCGUAAUUCUCUUCUGCGUAAGCUAAGCUGCCUUUGCCCCCCCCGAGUCAGAGCAGUCUGGUUUUUUUUUAAGCAGGCAGACUCUUGCAAAUCGUGCAGUAGCAGUGUGUGAGCGGGUGUGCGAUUCUUGUACGCUGGUAUCUGCGGUGCUGCCAUCGCACAUCGCUCCGUUCGUGAUUUGGGAAGUGUUCUCCUGGAGUUCCAGUUGACGUAGAAGUGCUUAUUUUCAGAAGUAUGGGGACUAUGUGCUGUAGCACAGGCCUGUUUUGUUGCCAACAUAAUUUGUUCUGAUGGUUUUAGUCUCUCUGCUCAAUGAAAUCAGAAGACAGUAUGAUCUUCAGUUUAAUAUUGAGGGCAGAGUGGGAGAGUGCAGCUUCUUGUGGAAUGAAGUAUAUUUGGUUUGGAAGUAUUUUUGAAGUAUAGGAAGACCAUUUGAAGUGUUGCCUUUAAGAUGUCAGUGCAUUUUUUACAUCUGAUUUUUUCAAAGCUUAAUUCCGUCGUCUUUCAGCAAAGUUUGGUUCAUCAUUGUUAACCUGGCAGUUAAACUUAAGAACUUAAGCUAGAAUCUAUAGUUCUUUUAACGUUUGUGCUUUAUGGGUUUUUUUCAUAUGUACCUGAAACGUGUACUUAAAGACAUUUUAUUUCUUAGGAAAUCUUGUGGCAAAUUGUAAAAGUCAUAGAAAUUAAUAAAGGUCAAUUUACCGAACUCAAUCAUGCUAUGGUACAGCACCAUAAAGAUACUGACUAACCAAUCAAGACUUCAGUGUAGACUGUUUCAGGGCAGUCAAAGCCAUAUUUAAUUUACAAAUUCAUAUGAUGGUUGGAAGAUGGAAUUUUUUCUCUUUCUUUAAUUACAGUGAGCAACCAUGGAGUUUAGUUCAGCACUUUUUGUUGUGAAACGACCUAGUCUGUGACUUCUAAGGCUUUUCACAUUGUCGCUUGUAUCCCAGUAGCUAAAAAAUUGAAAAUGCUUAUGGAGCCAAAAUGUCAUUGAUAAAUCCUCCAUGCGUGUUUGAAAUUCAGGUUUCCUGCUGCAGCUCAGCAGAUGAAGAGUUGGGUUAUGGUAGAACAAAAGUUAAGUGAGUAUUUCAGUUAAUCCAUCUGUGAGGGUGAAACUUGUCUGUUGUGCAGGUGUUAAAGGAGAAAAUAAGACUGAGGUCUGGGCAGAGGAGAGGGACUGGUCUGAGGGAGGGAAUAGCUUUGGGAACUUGGGAGGUUAAAAUAUAAAACAGGGUUAGAAAUGGCCAACAUGACUUGAAUAGCUCAGCUGUGAGUAAGAGCUUUUCAAGUAGUUCCUGGCUAAGGGUCAGUUUGAUACUUUUAGUGUGACUGUUUAGUGGUGGUAUAAAUUGCAGAUUUCAAAGGUAGUUUUUAAAAUAGGUAUUUAUUUUAAAGAAUUUACAGUUUGUAUUAGGAUCCAAAAUAUUUUUUUGGGUUGAAUCUCUUCUUAAAGUCCUGAGGCAGCAAGAAGCCAUUUGAGACAAGUUUGUUUCGUGUCCUAGAUUUCAUAUCAGCGUUAACAACUUUAUUAAAGGUUUCAGAAGACUUGCUGUGGGCAUUUUUAAUGGGAUAAGUGCUGCAGGGAAUUCACUCUGGUGACAUUCUGUGUUCUAUCUGAGAAGAUGACUUUGAGAGCUGAGUGAAAAUGAAGCUCUGCAAAAGGUGGAAGUUCUAACAGCAUCUGGUUCUGGAGCUCGUAGGAUGUUCCUAAGAAGGCAAAUUAAAGAGUGAAGUGUCAGAAAAACUAAAGGUGGCUUCAGAAAAGGAAGGAGUGUACGUUUGCAGCUGUCUUUUCUAUUAUGGGUUUGUGUCAGAAGUCUGUGGAUGUAGGCACACAAACUGUUUUCAGUGCUGAGUCCAUGAAUAGCCUAGUCCAUACAAAAGUAAAUAUAAAAACUAUGCCUUAUUAACGUGCAUAAGUUAGAUUACUUACACAGUCUAAUAGAGCAGUGCAGCAGGAGAAUAUUUUUGUCUGAUGGUUUGCUCUAAACUUCUUUAAAACAAUGCAAUUAAAAUCAUACUGCAUAUUUACAUAUAACAGCAGAGAAGUGAACUGUUUGCCUUUUGGGAUGAUAUGGAUGGAAAUUUGAUGGAAAUACCAAUCUUGUGUCACAGUAUUUUAUAAGAAAUCUAGAUUUCAAAUCAGAUAAAUAUUAUUUUUAAAUUGAGAAAGGGUAUAAUUUUUAGGUUUGUUCCCAUCCUCAGGGUGGUGAUGGCGACAGCAGCUAAUUUGUAUUAGUGACUAGAAAACUGAGUGUAUGAGACUAUCCAAGUGAAAAUUAAAAUAAAGUGGUCAUACCAGAUGGAACCUGGGCACAAAUGGAUAAAUAAAGGGAAAAACUCCAAAAUAUUCCAAGUAGUGCUGGCAUUUCUUCAUGUAAUCUGCAAAGUGAGCCAUUUGGUUUAACUGAAGACAUGGUUCUUCCAGUUCAUUUUAAGUCUCAAUAAUCCAUAGGUGACUGAAAAGAGUUUUCUCAUUUGUCUCAUUUUAAUGUAGCAGUAUUUAUUUUAGCAAGGGUAUGAAACAUACAGCAAGAAAUUAUUCUCAAUAUUUCAUAUAUACGGAGAUCUCAUUACUCACCAUGAUCCUUUAUGCUACUCAUUCUUAUUUUUCUUAAAGAUAAUGGUGUUUUUCAGUAUCCAUGUACUGUAUUGAAAUAAAUGGAUCUAGACAUUAAAAGGUACUGAUAUGGUAUUCAUGCCUUGAGAAGACCAGCCUUGUUAUUUUCGGUGUAUUUGCAUGCCUCAGAUGUCAGUGAAAAACUCAGCUCAACCAUGAUUUGUAUUUAAAUAGGUUUGGCAAGGAGACAUGGUUAGAAUAUAUCAUUUAAUCGCUAAGAAAAAUAGUGAUGCUCAGAGUGAUGCAAUGAAAGAUAGUUAAUUUCUAACUGAAACCUGCUUUUUUAAACCAGUUGUCAGCAUAUGGCUUCUGUUUGUAUGAUUUUAGCAGUCUGUAGAAUGUAAUGGGAGUGCUGCUGGUUAUUGUUUGGUUCUGGGUGCAGAUCAGUGCAGGUGUUGUACAGGAAGAACAGGAAAGGUGCAUUUCUAGUCACUUACAGAGAAAGGGAAAUUCUGUGUCAGAGAGGAGGGAAGUUGUUUGUAAACAAAGUGCUUACCUAAACUGGGGGGGAAAACCCCUCUUUCUCUUUUAGUCACAUUUAUUUAUUCUAGCUUAUCCUGGUAAAUGAGGCUGAAUGCUUUUAUUCAUCUUUGAUAUCGGAAGGAGCAUGUCAAAAGCAGAUAUUUGCAAUACUUUAAAAUUGUUCAGUGGAUUUCUUGGAAAUGUCAUUUGUCUGUUCUCAGACUUUGGUCUGUGUGUAUUUUAAGAUGUGUACGGUUUGAUGGAGUGGAUUAUUGGUGCUGCCUUUUUUUUAAUAGGAGCUCUUGGUGCUGUUUAAUGUCUUUUUAUUGUUUGGUGAGAACCGAGAGAACUAAAUUUAUUGUUAUGCUAUUAAUGUUUUGGAGGUAGUGAUGAUGAUGAAUUUUCUUACCCUUGCCCUGCUGAUUUGAUUUCACCUGCAUUUACUUCAUUUUAAAUGUCAUGGCAUGAAUUUUGCCAUGCUGGAUGUUCUCCAAGUAGGAGCAGUGAUGUUGCCUGCAAAUACUACAGUUGAACUCUCUUGCAGCUCAGGAGUGUAUAAAGACCUGAAGGACUGAGAAUUUUUGUGCUGUAAAGUGGUACAGAAUUUGUUAUGUCUUGAGUUUUCUUGGAUCUCACUUGGAACAGCAGACUAUUUGAGCUGUAACAAAGAUAAUUUGUUCUUGAGGUACUCAAUUGUUAAAAAGCUGUUGUCUAAGCUUAACUGAAACCCACCAUAUAUGAACUCUCAUGAAAUCUUCUGACUAAACAGUUUUUAAUUAAUUUAGUUCUUUAUUUUACCCUCAUUUUUCUCCAGUUGGUCAGCAUUAGCAAUUCUUCAGCAAAAUAGAGUAGGGCAAGAUGUGAGUUUUGAGCUGUUUAGUCUGCAAUCCAAAAAUCUAGGUAAAAAAGUGAUGUAAUCUAUUAGUGGCAAAAGGCUUUAACACCAGACAUAUUUUUGUGUAACUUCUAAGUUUGUCUCAAGGAAAUAAGUUUGUCACCAUUAUAACUCAGAGAAUUUUUUUGUUUGUUUCUUCUCCCCACCAAAGAUGUGUAUUAUUGCACACUGAAAGUGUGCUCUGGUUAAUUUUAUGAAGGAAAUGUGUAGGCGAGAUAUGUUUGCUUUGCUAAAAAGUGAUGAAAGAGUAGCCAUCGGGUCUUCUUUAUAAACUUUAUUAUUCUUUCAGCAGACCUCUUGGAAGUCUAAACCAUGGAGGACGAGGAGAGCCGAGCGCAGCUCCCGAGUGAGAAGCAGGUGCCCGGCUCCGAAGGCGGUGACGCGUGGAACGUCACCGACACCAACCGACUGCGGCACUUCUUGUGCUUCGGCUCAGAGUGCGGUGCCUACCACGUCAGGGAGCAGAAGCUGGGCUUUGAGAAUGCAGCAGCCUUACUGAGGCUGAUUGAAGAGGGCAGGGGUUGUGAAGUUGUUGAAGAAAUUAAAGCAUUUAGCCAAGAGGGCAGAGCGGCAAAGCAGGAGCCCCUGCUUUUUGCCCUCGCGGUUUGCUCGCAGUGCUCUGAUGUGAAAACGAAACAAGCGGCGUUUAAAGCUGUCCCUGAGGUGUGUUGCGUACCAACCCAUCUCUUUACUUUCAUCCAGUUUAAAAAAGAUCUGAAGGAGGGCAUGAAAUGUGGCAUGUGGGGCCGUGCACUGAGGAAAGCUGUUGCAGAUUGGUACAAUGGAAAGAAUGGCAUGGCUCUUGCUUUAGCAGUUACAAAAUAUAAGCAAAGAAGUGGUUGGUCUCAUAAAGAUCUUCUGAGGUUGUCCCACCUAAAACCUGCCAGUGAAGGAAUUGCUGUAGUCACUAAAUAUAUUACCAAGGGGUGGAAAGAUGUCCAAGAAGCUUAUAAAGAGAAAGCAGUUUCUGCUGAGACUGAAAAACUCCUAAAGUAUCUGGAGGCCGUGGAGAAAGUAAAACGCACAAAAGAUGAAUUGGAAGUUAUUCAUUUGAUAGAGGAAUAUGGUCUAGUUAAAGAGCAUCUCCUGACAAACCACCUGAAAUCUAAGGAGGUUUGGAAGGCAUUGCUGAAGGAGAUGCCCAUUUCUGUAUUGUUGAGAAAUUUAGGAAAGCUGACAGCAAAUGCAGUGCUUGAACCACGAGGUUCAGAAGUGGCAAUAGUAUGUGAAAAACUGAGAAAUGAGAAAUUGCUAAAAAAGGGUAAAAUACAUCCAUUGCAUAUUUUGGUUGCAUUAGAAACAUAUAAAGCUGGACAUGGAAGCAGAGGGAAGCUUUGGUGGCGUCCUGAUGAAGACAUUUUAGAAGCUUUAGAUGCCUCAUUUUACAAAGCUUUCAAGACACUUGAACCAACAGGAAAACGCUUCCUACUUGCAGUUGAUGUCAGUGCAUCAAUGACACAAAAAGUUUUGGGCAGUGUGCUCAAUGCGAGCACCGUUGCAGCAACGAUGUGUAUGGUUGUAGCACGUACUGAGAAGGAUUCCCACAUUGUUGCUUUCUCACAUGAAAUGGUCCCGUGUCCAGUGAUGGCUGAUAUGACAUUACCUCAAGUUUUAGUGAAAAUGUAUGAAAUUCCAGUGGGUACCACUGAUUGUUCCCUUCUGAUAUGGGCUCAAAAAACUGAGAGAGCUGUUGAUGUCUUCAUUGUAUUUACUGAUAAUGAGACCUUUGCUGGAAAUACUCCUCCUGCCACAGCCCUUAGAGAAUACAGAGAGAAAAUGGGUAUUCCUGCAAAACUGAUUAUUUGUGGAAUGACCUCAAAUGGUUUUACAGUGGCAGACCCAGAUGACAGAGGCAUGUUGGAUAUAUGUGGCUUUGAUACGGGAGCUUUGGAGGUCAUUCGAAACUUCACUUUGGAUUUGAUUUAAUUUUUCUAGGCAUUUGCUCUUCCCAGUGGGUCCACUGUUGGCAACAGACUUCACCCUGGGAACUCCCAGCCAAAUAUACUUUGUUAGAAUAUGGCAUAUUAUAUAUACACGUAUCAGAAUGUUACGUGAGGUGGUGGCAGUUCAAGCAUCUCUGACUAGAGCUUCUCACUGAGGUGUUUGUGAGGUUGAACAUAACUGUGGUCUCGUGCAAAUCUAACAAACUAAGAAAAACUCAGCGCUUGCAUCUCUAGUGUCAAAAGAGCUGUCAGUAGCCAGUGAUCCCCCUGCCCCUGGAGGUGGCACCAGAUGUCACCACUGUCACAUCUGGACUUGGCGCCACACAGGAACACCCUGCACCACUCGGACACUCCUGGCUGUGCCUGUCAGUUGAAUCAGAUCACCCUUCAGAACCCUGCAGCACAGCUGGCAGCCCUUCUCCACACCCUUUGAGAAAGGCAUCUCGACUCCUGAACCACCUUCCUUGUCUCCAGCAUGCUCAUUUUCCCAAGGCAGUUGGGUUUUUUUCCUGUCCACACGCUCGAGACUUUUCUUGGACUUACUCCUGGAUCAGUCUAGGCACCAUGGAGCUGCAUCAUCCCUUGAGAGAUACCCACAGUAACUGUGUGUGCUCGGAGUCCUGUGGCCCAUCAAGAGCCAGUCUGUAUCUGUUCCAGAGGGUAAACAGGACCCCCUGUCAUGACCAGAUGACGGCAAGGGCACGGUGUGCUGUACAAACCCACUAAGCUUCAGCAAGGUCUGCCUGGCCAGCCUGGCCUGCUCCACAUGGAUCACCCCAUCCCUGUUGUCCUCCAGUUCCACAGCAUCCACUGACUUGAAGAGAGGGAUGGUUUUGCCUGGGCCUGUGGAAGAUGCCAGCACAUCAGACAUUUCCAUGUCAUCAUGCCAGACCCUGCUCUUGCUGUCCACCAGUGCUGGAGUCGGCCCAAACCGCCAGCUUGGCCAAGUCCAGCUCCCCGCUAGGGUAAGUGAAGAAGGCCACGAUGUCGACCCCCUCCUCAUGGACUUUGGAGUUGUUGUGCUGCAGGUACUCUCACAGCCACAGGAACAGGGGGUUGUACUCCUGCUGGACGUCCAGCUUCUUGUCCCCCAGGACUUCAGCAGCAGCUGAGACCAGUGGUACCAGGAAGGGGCUGGACCUGGUCACCCAGUGCCAGCAGAUGGAUCACCUUCAGUGCCCUGAGUACUGCUUGAAGCUGGAGUAGUUGAGGAGUGUGCAAAGGAAGCUGAUGAGCUCCAGGAGGCCAAGGGGCAGGCAUGGAGGUCAGUGCUGCCUGGUGGGCACCUCCAACCACCCUCUUCAGCUCCUCCACUGCUUGAGUGCAGUUCUUGUUGUCCUCCUGGUCCAGCAGGUGAGCCUGCAGCUCUUGGGUCAAAAAUCUGGACUUCAGGAUGGGCUGGAUGGGGGCAUUGGUGCUGUGUCCUCACCCUCCUGCAGGCUCCUCCAGCUCCAGACCAGGAGCAGAGUGAAGUCCUCAUAAUCCAGGAGGGAACAGUGUCCUGCUGCUCCACUUAAACAGGCACAAGUCUAUGGGGCUGCAUUCAAUCCAUCCAAGGGUACUGAGGGAGCUGGCAGACGAGCUUGCCAAGCCACUCUCCAUCAUUUUUCAUUAGUCGUGGACAUCAUCUUAAUCACACAGCACUUGCAGGACAACCAAAGGAGCAGGCCCAGCCAGCAGGGGUUUAGGAAAGGCAGGCCCUGCCUCACCAACCUGAUCUUCUUCUAUGACAUGGUGACCUGAACAGUGGAUGAGGGAAAGGCUGAAGAUACGUCUGCCUGGACUGUAGGAAAGCAUUUGACACUGUUUCCCCCUGUUUCUCCUGGAGAAGCUGACAGCCCCUGGCUUGGAUGGGUGCCCUGUUAGUGGAUAAAGAACUGGCUGAUGGCCGGGCCCAGAGUGGUGGUGAGGGGAGUUUCCUCCAUCACCAGUGAUGUCCCCCAGGGAUCAGUAUGGGAUCAGUCCUGUUUAACAUCUUACUGAUGAUCUGGAUGAGAGGAUCAUUUACAUGUGACCUGAGGUUGGGCAGCAGGAGGGUGGAUGUCCUGGAGGGUAGGAAGGUGCUGCAGGAUCCUUGGACCCGGGACUGUUGGAUGAAGGUCAACAAGGCCAAGUGCUGGGUCCUGCACUUGGGUCACAACCAGCCCAUGCAGCGCUCCAGGCUUGGGGAAGAGUGGCUGGAAAGCUGCCCGGUGGGAAAGGAUCUGGCCUGUAUCAGCAAUAGUGUGGCCAGCAGGACCAGGACAAUGAUUGUCCCCCUGUCCUUGGCACUGGUGAGGCCGCACCUCAAAUCCUGUGUCCGGUCAAGCAUUUGGAACAGGCUGCCCAGGGGAGUGGUGGAAUCAUCAUCUCUGAAGUGUUCAAAAAACUCGUGGAUGUGGUGCUUAGGGUAGUGGUAGAUGUGGCAGUGUUAGGUUAAAGGUUGGACUCCAUGAACUCGGAGGUCAUUUCCAACCGUAAUGAUCCUGUGAUUCUUUGUUACCUUUUUGUGAAGGGAAAACAAGAAAAGCAGAUGAGAAAUCUCUUUUCUCUUUUUUCCUGUUGCACAAGAUUUAAAAUAACGGUGGGAAGUUUGCUGAAAGUGGCUACAGGGUAUACAUAAUUUAAUUUCACUUAUAAUAGGUUAUAAAUAUGGAGAGAUUUUUAAUUUCCCCCUCCCCUGUUGCUGUGGAAUGCUUGUUUGCGAGAAUAAAUUGAUGAAUUACAUUUAGAAUGGGGCUGGAAAAAAAUGGGUUUAGUAUUUUUAAUGAUGUCAGUUUAACAGCAACUUCACUGAGAGGGACUUUUCUUCGUGCUUUUUAAAAUCUUUGUAUUUUAAGCAUUACUAAGGUUCAAUGGUUUCCAUGGUUACAGUUAAAACCUACUAAACCUAAAAGUAUUUUCUGGUACAUAUUGAGACCAUGUGACUGUGAUACAGGAUAAAAGUUAUCCAGGGAAAUUUUAUACUGAUAAAACUGAAAGUGGAAGAGCUCAUGCCAGUCUUUUUCUAUGUAGAUCAUCAUCUGGGUUUUCAGGAGUAAAUAUCUCUUCAGAUAAAUUGAGGGGCAGUUUCUGCACAAUACGGUUUCAGAAGCACUAUUUUAGAAUUAAUAGGCUUUAAAGGAAGUUCUAAAAACUGUUUUUAGUAGAAAAAGACCUUGGAAAUGACUGUGAUGCCACAUUCAGUCCAUGUUACAACUUCAGGAAGCAUCAGCACACUUUCAGCAAGAAAGAUCAACAAGUGCAUGUGUCUUGGCCUGCUCUCCAAAGCUGAGUGGGAACAACCAGAAACCAUAAGCUACUUUUUUUUUUUUUUUUCCAAAAGAAUGUAUUCAGUGAUACGGAAACAAUCUUCCUAACAGGAGAGUAUUUCAUUUUUAAAAAUAUUUUUGUAGAUUAGUGCUACUUCUGGUUUCAUGAAUUAAUUCAAGCUAACAUAUUUCAAAACUACCUCCAGUUUAUAGUGACCAAUUCUUAAAAACUUUUAUGAACUGUACAGUUGCAUCCUUCAUGUUCACAAGAUCUUGUUUAGGAAGUGAUUGAAACUGGAUUCUUUUUUUUUAUUUUUUAAUUCUUUAGUCUUAGAGUAGGACUGUGAGUAAACAAGGAGAAAGCUAGUGAGUAUCUUACCACUUUGGAACAGGGACUGAUAGCAAUUAAUGUGUAUAUGUAUUUAAUUUUCUGUGUGUUUUAUAUGUGUGUGUAUGGGGGGAAGUUAAAAGAUCUCUUUAGUAGAUCAGUCUUAAAAGAUUAGAAAGGUUUUUUAGUGAUGCUUUUACAACUUCCUCUAAAACAUAUGUGUGUCAGCCUCUUUUAUGCUAAUGCUGGCUGUUGUAAACAGUGAAUUUGAUGUUAAUUUGAAAAUAAUUAUGAUUUAUAAAAAUAACACAUUUACCCGUUGCGGUAAAGAACACGUAAGACCGUAUUUUCUGCCUAAAACCUAAGCUUUUAAAUGUAAAUUCAUAUUAUACUUUUGAUACUUGUAACACUCUUCUUUUUUUGCCUCAUACAUAUUAACUACAAAUCCAGAGCUCGCGUUGUGUAGCGCGGGCGUCUCUUUUGGUGCUAAAACGGGAUGGUACAUGUUACUGAGGGUAUUCCUGCUACUUACUGACACUGUCCCUUAAUGAACAAACCAAACCAGUGAGGGAAACCUUCUCUGACAUUAAAACCAGGGCUUAAAGAACCGAUGGUAGGAGUGUCACCUUCCAGUGAACAUGAAUGUAUAGUUGCUUGUGAAUUAUCACUGCUCUUACGUAUGGCUCUGAUAGAAAGCUUGGAGAAUACAGGACUGCCACCAGCUCCUCAGGUGACAUCAAGGAAGAAAACGUGUUCCUGCAAGAGCUGAGACGUAGCACUUUGAGUUUCUUGAAAAAGAAAAUCUGCCAUUUCACGUGAAAAAUUGCAUAUCAAUUCUGAGCAGCUAAACAAAACACCGUAUCAAUAUGGGGAGUAAACUCAUUUGCUCAAUACAUGUUAAUAAUUAUUUCAGGUAAAUGCACUGAUGUUUUGGGGGUGGUUUUGGUAGUAAUGUGUUAAAUUACACAGUAGUCAGACAUCUGAUUAGGUGUUUCCUCUAAGCUAGAGAUGUUGAAAAUAACUGAUGAUGAGUAUCUUUUGCAAGUACUUUUUCUUACUUGGAGUAGUAUUUGUGAAGUCAUAGGAAAUAUUUUGGACUAAAUAUAAAAAUGAAAAACAGGUGUUUCAAGUACAUUUACUGCUAAUAAGAGGUUAGAAUAGUUACUAACAGGUUGAAUGAACGGUUAUAGUGGUGUUACAUCUUUGAAAGCAGUCCAGUUUAAAAUACAAUUUCAUGAACUAGAGUGUGUAAGUAAAGAUGAACUUUUCAGUAGAACUGAUAGAAAUUGUAGCUCCCUGUAUCUAUUGCACUGGAUAGCUCUGACCCAUAAUAAAAGAUAGUCAUCCAUGCUAGGAUACAUAAUACACUCCUAAACAUUUAUAGUAUCUCUGUACAAAAAAACCUUGCUAGAAAUAGAAUAUUCUAAGUGGUUUGGUUACACAGUGGAAAACUAGCACUGGUGAGACCACAUUGUCAUCUCCUCCUCCCUUAAGAUCUACACAGAGAGGGGAAAAAGAAGUAAAUGCUGAUAACUGAAACUUUAUAGUGUGACCUUUGUUCCUGUGAUUUUCUUUUUGGGUUUGUUAUUAUCUUCCAGGAAGGGGCAUAGAAUAAUGAUGCUGCGUAUUCCUUUUCCCCAGACUGGACCCUUAUCUGCCCACACACUGAAUUUUAGGGGACAGCAUGACUCAUUUGCCGUAACAUAAACGUGUCCUGAGUUUAGUUACUGAACUGGUGAUUUCCAAACCGAUAUCUAGACAUGUAAAGAGGCAGUAAUUACUGUAGUGCUUCAAAAAUAAUAGGAAAAAAUGAACUUAAGACAGAGUUGCUAAUCUGAAGCAUUUGUUCAGUGUACAAUAAAUGACCUACCUUUUCACCAAAGAGGAGACACGGACUCUUUGAAAUUAAUAGUGGUGUUUGCAUUGGAGGAACACUUGGGCUAACAAAGCAGAAAUUGUGCAAUGCAGUUUACCAGUAAAAAUUGAACAGGGAGAAGCUUAAAGCUAGUUAAUUUUAUUCAAAAUAUUGAUUAAAAUAAAUCUAAAUGCAGAGUGCAACUGUAGAGUUGACAAGCGCAGGUUUCCUGAUGUCUGACAGAACUGACAGGUUCACUUUGGCUGCCAUUUCACUGUGACCCCCUUAAAAAUUCUGAAGUAUUGGACAAUUAUGUCUGAGGCUGUAAUGUUCAGGCACUUUAAGAAAGGAAAAAAGGUUCUAAUGUUUGGAAGUACAACAGAGGUAAAACCUUCUGUAAUGAAGAGCUGUAAGGAACAAACAUCAAAGGCCAGGGUUCUUCAUGGAAGGGACACAAUGAAGAAUGUGGAGAGGGCCAAGAAUUAGAAUUUCAUGUCAGGAAUUUUAGACCUGGAGCAAGGAGUAGGACAGUUUGGGAAGCCUGUAGAAUUAGAUUACAGGCAAAAUAAGGGGUCUUUACCUACGUUCCUCUGUAUUUAAAAAAAAAAAAAGAGAAGUCUAAAAGUAGGUGUAGCUCUGCAGUCACAAGGGCCAGUCUAAAUGCCCACUGUGUGAAGGCUACUAAUAACUGGCCCUAAAAUACCUUGCUGCUUAAAAACCACUGUUAAACCUCUUUGUUAAACAUAAAUCAUAAGGGGGGUUGUGUUGUUCUUUUGCAUCAUUGUUGUUUAACUGGUGCCCGUAAAUGGUUAUGGCUUUAAAAGGCUAUUCAACAAAAUACAUAUCCUUGUCUUAAACACCAGCAGUUUUGGAGGUGUAUUUUAAUGAUGGCUCUGUCUGUAAAAACACUAUGAAAAUAUUUUUGUGCAUUACAGAAGAUGCUGUGCUGCUGAACCACGUCCCUGACUCACAGCUACUGUAACAGAAGCUUUAGUUUUGGUUCCAUUUUGGUUUUUUCUUCUAUUACCUUUUCGCUUUACCCUUCCUUUUUUCUGUUAAUGUUGGGUUUUCUCCUCCUUUCCCAUCCUUUGUCACCUCAGGCCUAUACUUGAAUCUUUUUUUCACAAGCUCUCAUCCAUUCCUUUUUUUAUUUUUGCCUCUGUUCUGCCUUUUUGCCAUCAUUGAGCACUUAGCUACUUACACCGGAACUGAUGUCAUAGUAUUUAUUUUAAUUUUUUUAAGAAUGGAUACACUUUUUUCUUUAAUUAUAUACAUCUUUUACAAAACACUUAAUUUGCUGUAUCUAUCAGAUUUUUGGUAAAUCUUUGUGUAAAAAUCAGUGACAAAAGUAUACUUUGUUUAUUUACAAAAAUCCAGCACCUACCUGUGAACGACUUUAUUUUUAUAAAGUAACCUCUUACAAUUGGCUUUUCAAAUUUAAAGGUUUUUUUCUCUAGAAUUAGCUCAGUGGUUGGAAACUUUUUAUUCCAUUGCAUAUUAUCACGCUGCUGUCAUAUGCAGAAUUAGGUAAACACUUAAAUUAAUAUUCUGGAUAAAGAGGCAGCUUCUUUGCAGUAUUGACUAGAGAAAGUCUUCAAAGAACAGCCUGUAGAAGUAAAUCCAAGCAAAGUAUCAUUUGCUUGUGCUUUCAAUCCUUAUUUUCUCUGACACUUCAUCAGUUUAUAGGUUUAUUUUGCUGUCUGCAGUGGUUUGCAGUGCAGAUGUGCUGUAAGCAAGCUGUUUUAAUGACUUUCUUGCUGGAAUGGUAGAGAUUUCAUCUCCCCGUGACACAGUAUUGUGGACAGAUUGCUGAGUGAGAGUUCUGGGGGGAGAAAAGUUGAUACACUAACUAGGACAGUAUAUUGUGUAUGUGCUGCUCUUAAAGAGAUAACGUGUAAGAUUAGCUAAUUUCAGCAGAAGGUGUGGUGUCUUUAAAUAUGUGUGCUUACAUAUUUGGAUUUAUAAUUUUGAUACUUAAAGCGUGGUUUCUUUAGGUGUUUCUGCAUUCUGACUUUAAGUUUAAAAAUAUAUAUAUAUUUGCAUAUAUAUGAGGUAUGUGGAGAACUUUUACAAAUGCUUCAUUAACAAAUAAUAUAAAUAGUUGUUUUCCUAAUGUUAACCAGCUUCUGAAGAGUUAAGCACAACUAGUUACAAAUUAAAUGUCUUUUCAUUCUCCUAUAAAAGUGCAGUUCUACUCUUUAAAAAGAAUUCUGUAUAAAAAAGCAACAGAUGGGCACAUUCCCAGAUCUGUGUGCUUAGUUAAAAAACUCAGUGUUUGUUUCCAGCUGCUCACGCUUCUUAGAAGCGUGGGAUUUAGGCUGGAUGAGCAGGUAUCCAAAGCUUUUAGUGGAUACAUUUUAAUAUUCAGAUCCCAGGGCAAGCAUAUUUUGAGAUAAACAGCUUUGUCCUGGAGACGAUGCUGGGCACAAAAUUAUGGAAAUUUUUAAUGACUGUUCUUGAGUCUCUUAAUUUGUUUGUUGGUUUGUUGUUAUUUUUUUUAUUUCCUAGAGUAGAACCACACUUUAACUGCCAUAUCAUGUUUAAAUGACUUAAACAUAACAUGGCUUUGUGCCAUCCAAUAACGAAGGCACUGUCUUGCUGCUACUUUCUGUGAAAUUAUACACAAUUAAGGGAAAACUAUUUGGAUGGGGAGCCUUAAUAUGGUUAAAAAGAAACAUAAUUAACCCUUUGGGUGCCUUAAGACAUAUCUCCUUUAAUAAACGGGCACUCACUUGGAUCUGCAGGCAUACAGCUGGAUUAGAUUAUUGCCUUAAGUGACAAUGCCCUGGGAUUCCUGAAACUUGGAACUCAAAGGGUUAUUUUGGACUACUGUUUAAAAAACAAGUUCCCUAAACAGGGAACAAAAAUGAAAAGAGCUUUGAAAAAUUCCUUUGCGUACUAUUGUUGUUAUUUUUACAUGAUGGGUUUAUCAGCUUUCAGGGGCAAAAUUAUUGCAGAACUUCUGAAAAUGCUCAACUGGCCGAAGAAUUCUGCCCAGAGGAAAAGAGUACCUGGUAUUCUUUUACGACUGUAUGUGCAAAAUAAACUGCUUUAUUAAGUAUAAAUUCAGGAGGACAUGCACAUUUGUGUGUUUAUCUUGAUGACGGUGCAGGAUACAGUAAAGGCAAUAAAAAUAUAACAAGGCCAGUGUGUUUAAUCAGCUUAUUACACAUUAAAGAUGCACAGUGCAGACAACUCUAUUCUGAAUAGAAUUUCUAUAAAUGAUGCGGUUUCAAACCUGCAUCACAAAAAUAAAGCUGUCAAAUUUAAAUUACACUCUUGCAGUCCUGGCUAUCUGGAGUUGAAGAUAAAUGUGAUGCUUUUUUUCCCUUGAAGGGGGAAAAAAGUAGUUUAGGUACAUGCAGUGUUGAAAGCAAUGGAAAUAACAGGAGUCUAACUCACAAAAACUGAGUAAAAAUUAAUUGACUAAUGUUUUCAUUCUAAUGUGUGCACCUUUAGUUGUGUAAUGGUCCCUUUUACUGAAGAAUGGGAUAGAAUUUUUUACUUGCAUAUGGACUUGAAAUAACCAAGAGUCUUGGCAUUGCCUGUUCUGGCUUUGGAUGUACAUUGUACUGAAACUAUUGAAUUUUAGCAAUUUCUUUUAGACAUUUAACUGAAAGUUAAAAUGGCUAGUAAACUGCAUUCUGACUGUAGAAUUUAAGUACUAAAUAAACUCUAUGCAUAUUAGA